CCAAAAACAAAGUCACAAAUUUUCAACAUCACCCUCACCCACCCUUCUAUAAAUAUUCUCCCUUCCCCUCACACCAUUCAUCACCUUCACUUCUAAUUCCUCAAUCAAACACAACAUGGAGGCACUUCAAUCAUGGGUUUCAGACCACAAACUCACCACCAUUGGGGCGCUCUGGGCAUCUGGAAUUGGAGCAUCACUUGUGACUUAUUCAUGCAAAAAGUCGCCAAUGAAGCCUAGUCUCAGGCUUAUCCAUGCCAGGAUGCAUGCUCAGGCGCUAACUUUAGCAGUGUUAUCUGGUGCAGCUGCUUACCAUUAUUAUGAGAAACCUUCUCUUCAACCAAAACCAGUGGCAGAUAAUAUUCCUGCCACCAGUUUCAACCACCUUCUCCAAUAUGAAAUUCACUGUCCUUUCUAAAUCAAAAGUAAAAACAAUAAGGAUCAUGCUAUUAAGAUGUUCUUUAUUAAGUUAUUGCUAUUUCCUAGAAUGAAUGUUGUCGGAUAAUGAUCACACUCCAGAACAAUUUGCAUAUAUGUGUGUUUGUUCUGAGAAGUUUCAUGAGAAGUGUAAUGUAUAUAAACAACUUUUAUGAGAAGUUUAAGCUUGAUUUGCAUUAUUA